AUGCCGCUGGUUCCAGAACGUAUCAGAGCUAUGAAUGCUAGCGUCAAACUUCUUCUUAUCGUGAGAGAACCUGUGACAAGAGCCAUCUCCGAUUACACUCAACUAAGAGCUCACGCAUCCACCGGGACACCUCUGAUCCCGAUGCCAACUCCGACGAGCUCCUCCAAUCCGAAGACCUUCGAGCAACUUGUGCUUCAUCCGAACGGAACCAUAAACGAGUCCUAUAGACCUCUUGCAAUAUCCGUGUACCACAACUACUUGCACCGAUGGCUCGAGUGCUUCAGACGUGACCAAAUCCUCGUGGUCAACGGUGACCUCCUCAUCGAGGACCCUGUCGUCCAGAUCCAGAAGAUCGAACGUUUUCUCGGCUUGGAGCCGCGCAUCGACAGCAACAACUUCUACUUCAACGAGACCAAAGGUUUCUACUGUCUGCGAAACGAGACCUCGGAUAGGUGUCUCCGCGAGACCAAAGGUAGGCGCCAUCCGCGCGUCGAUCCUCUGGUCGUAUCAAAGCUUCGAAAGUAUUUCGGGGAACACAAUCAAAAGUUUUACGAGCUGAUCGGAGAGGACCUCGGUUGGCCCGAGGAAUAGUUAGACAAUUUUGAGGUAUAGAAGACGCGCACCAAAAACCAAAAAGGAUCAUCAUCAAAAAAUAAAAUAAAUAAGUGAAUCCUUCAACGAUACAUAUCAAGUUUAUUUACAUAUACAAAACAUAAUAAAGAAGAAAAUAUAUAUAUACACACACACAUAAAAACCAUCAUAAUCUUACAUAAUCAAUGUGCGGUGUAGGUUUAAUUAAUUACUUUGUAAACGUUCGAAAAUACGAUGCUCAAAAUAUUUUUUUAAAAUA